AUGCAAAAAGUGGAUACUGAGGGUCAUCAGGUUUCAAUGCCUUCUACCCCAGUCACAACUCCUGGGGCUCCCCUCUUUCGAGCUUUCGAGGCAGAAGUACCUAAAAAGAAGUCCCUUCUUAGCAGGGGAUCCAAUUGUUUUAGUGUUGAUACUUGGCCUAAUGAGGAGGGGGGCUUGCCUGCUGUCACCUGCAGCAUUACAAUGCCCCCUCCCCCUGUCCCUCUGGCAAAGAAGGUGGUGGCAGAGUUCGUUGGUACCCUAAUACUUGUCUGUGCUGGGGCAGCCACUGCUAUUGUGAAUCAGAAGACGCAAGGAUCAGAGACACUUAUCGGCCUUGCUGCUUCCAGUGGCCUCGCAGUCAUGAUCAUCAUCCUCUCCACGGGUCACAUCUCCGGUGCCCACCUCAAUCCAUCCGUCACCAUUGCCUUUGCUGCACUGAGACAUUUUCCAUGGACCCAAGUGCCAAUAUACAUUGGAGCCCAGAUAUCAGCAUCUUUAUGUGCAUCAUUUAUUCUCAAGGGGGUUUUCCACCCCAUUAUGAGUGGAGGAGUAACUGUUCCUUCAGUGAAUUAUGUUCAAGCUUUUGCUCUAGAGUUCAUCAUCGCCUUCAAUCUCAUGUUUGUCGUCACUGCAGUAGCCACCGACACAAGAGCUGUGGGAGAACUGGCUGGAAUUGCAGUAGGGGCAACUGUCAUGCUCAACAUCCUCAUAGCUGGACCUGCUACAGGAGGUUCGAUGAACCCAGUAAGGACACUAGGGCCAGCCAUAGCUGCAAACAACUAUAAAGGCAUAUGGAUCUACUUUACUGCCCCAUUCCUAGGAGCUCUUUGUGGGGCUGGUGUCUAUUCCGCUAUCAAGCUGCCAGAGGAAGACGAAGAUGCCCUCAAGCAGCCUUCAGCAGCAGCGAGCUUCAGGAGGUGAAUUAUUCAAAACAAAAGCUGGUGGUUUUCUUUGAGAAGGUUGCAACUUGCACCUAGUUGUUGUAAUGUGUGCAUUGUAGAUGGUAGAAUGUGAAUUACAAAAGAAUGAGAACAAUUAGUAGAAUGGGAGAUAACCUUUCUACAGUUGAUUGGAAGGUUAUACAUUUGUGUUAGUGCAAUGUCAAGAUCCUCACGGAAGGUGAAACAAUGAUGAAUUGUGAUUCUUAUGCAAGAGUAGUCCCCGUCAUAUAACAUCAUUUCUAUUGUCAGCUA